AUGGGCGGCAAGGGCAAGAAAAAAAAGGGAGCAAAAGAUACAUCCGGUGGGGGUAGUGCGGGUGGUAGCGGAGGUGCGGCCGGUGGUUCCAGCACACCGGCGAAGGAUAAGCCGGAAGCGGAGGAAGGCGAUGAAGAGGAUGGUGAAGCGAAACCCAAAAAGGGCAAAGGCAAGAAGGGCAAGGGCAAGGGUGGCAAGUCGUCCAAGUUCCAGGGCGACAUCUUUAAUGAGGCGGCCAUGGAGAACGCGUACUACAUCUGUCACAACAUUCAGGAUGUGCUGAAGUCGCGCGGAUUCGCCUGGCCAGAGGGUCAGAAGAAGAAGAAGAAGGGCAAAAAGUGA